GUGGCGUGGCUCGGUAAGAAGCGCGCGAACGACAGAAGCAGCGCAGGCUGCGGUGCGAACGAGCGGUGGCUUUUUUAAUUCAAGGUUUUAUUUAUUUACUCGUUUGCUCUUCUGAGCGAGGUGGAGGGUGCUGCUGAAAUGUCGAGCGACAAAAUCCCCCCCACCCCCCUCCCGCUCCCCGCCUGUAUGCGCGCCGUCUCAGUGUAGCAGCCAAGGCGGGCACUCCUUAACAGGGCAACAUCGGGCAGCGUUAGCACCCGUGUUGGUCCAGCUCCAGGGAGCAGCGCAAGCCGCCUCAACUUUACUCAUUCAUCAAAGGGGUAAAUGGAAGUAAAUUAUCCAUCAACGUUUAAUUAACUCUCCGUGGACAAAAGGAGGAUACAAAGUUUCGUGGGGCUUCUGUGCAAGUUUUUUUGUGAAGAUCCUGAACUACAGGAAAAUCUAUUUUUAUUAAAGAUGUUCUCGAGUAAAAUCGGGACAGCAUUACUCAUCUCUGAGCUCUGCGUGGCAUUUCUGCCACGUCUGGCUGGAGCAAACAGGCCACCAACGUUUCUGAAUAGUUUCUUUGGAGGCUUUAUCCCUGUUUCAGAAGACACGUUAGUCGGAACUUCCAUUGCCCAGCUGAGUGCCACUGACCCCGACGAAGAGCCACUGGCGUACGCGAUCACGGGCGAAGACGGAAACUUCUUCUUCCGCGUGAACAGCUACACGGGGGUUGUCACCGUCAAAAACGCCCUUGACAGAGAGACAAAGGAAGAAAUAUUUGUGAUUUUCACUGUCACGGAUUUGCAGUCGACGAUUCCGGCAAGCGUCAAGAUUCAGGUGACAGAUGUCAAUGACAACGCCCCUUCCUUCCAGGGCCUGCCCUACCUGCAGCAGCUCCCCGAGGACACGGCUGUGGGCAAGACAGUGUUCACGGUCCGCGCCACCGACCCCGAUCAGGGCAUGGGCGGCUCCGUCCUCUUCUUCUUCCAGCCGUCGUCCGACCUCUUCCGGUUGGACAGCGCACGAGGUUUCAUCACGCUCGUGCGCUCGCUCGACUACGAGACGGCGGAGGUUCACCAACUGCGCAUCAACGCCACGGACCAGGACCAGCGGAGGCCCCUGUCCACCAUCACCAACCUCCUGGUCACAGUGCUCGACGUUCAGGACACAGACCCUUAUUUCCUGGGCCUCCCCUACAGCACCAGCGUGACAGAGAACGUGCCGCUGGGAACAUCUGUUCAGACUCUCCAAGCCAAGGAUGGGGACCGGGGAAAUCCGCGGAACGUCAGCUACUCGAUCGUGUCAGGCAACACAAAUGAUAUUUUCUACCUGGACGCUCUGAGUGGGCUGCUGAGUGUGAACGGAGCCCUGGACAGGGAGAACGUGGCAUUUACCGCUGGGUUCACGCUGCGAGUCCGGGCCACCGAGAUGCUGGGGAACGGGGCGCUGAGCAACGCGCUGGUGGAGACCGCGUUCGGGGUGACCAUCCUGGACGAGAACGACAACGCCCCGACAUUCAACCGCUCCGAGUACGCGCUCACCGUCUCCGAGCUGGCUCAAGUCGGCUUCGCCAUGCCGCUCUUCAUCCAAGUCGUCGACAAGGACCAGGGAGUGAACAGCGACUUCACGCUGCAGCUCGCCGGACAGAAUGCCGCCGACUUCCUGGUAUCGCCGGGCGCCGUGCGCGGCCGCACCGACGUCACGCUGCGCCUGGUGAACCCCCUCGACUACGAGACGUACCCAGAGUACAACCUCACGCUUUUCGCCAACGAAACGUCAGGGAAGCACUGGGGCUCGGCGCGCGUGCGCAUCGUGCUGAUCAACGAGAACGACAACCGGCCCAUCUUCAGCCUGCCACUCUACAAUGUCAGCGUGUGGGAGAACGCCACGCUGGGCACGUCCGUUGUGCAGGUCCUGGCGACCGACCUUGAUGCGGGUGUGUUUGGGCAAGUCUCUUACCACUUCAGCGAUGACUCGGAUAAGUUCUCCCUCGACCCGGCCUCGGGGUUGAUCUCGGUGGCGGCGGCGCUGGACUUUGAGGCGACGCCGCGCUUCACGGUGACGGUGAUGGCGCGGGACGGCGGCGGCCAGGAGACGGCAGGUCGCGUUCGCAUAAACCUGCUGGACGUCAACGACAACACGCCCGUCUUCCAGCGCGACUCCUACGUGGGCACGGCGCACGAGAACGACAACUCCCUCACGCCCGUCGUGCGCGUGCGGGCGACGGACGAGGACUCCCCACCAAACAACCAGAUCACGUACAGCAUCCUGUCCACCUCGGCCUACUCCUCCUACUUCAGCAUCACCGUGUCCGGCGGCUACGGGGUCGUGACGCUGGCGCGCGCCCUGGACUAUGAGAAGAUCCCUGGGGGCACCAUCAGCCUGACCAUCAUGGCACUUGACGGUGGAUCGCCACCCCUCAACAGCACCGUCACUGCCAUCGUGGAAGUCUUCGAUGAAAAUGACAACAGCCCCAUUUUUGACCGGAAUUCCUACAGCAUCGCUAUUCCAGAAAAUAUUUUGGCGGGUGCCACGGUGCUGUACGUGAAUGCCACAGAUGGCGACCAAUCGCCAGAGUACGGUCAGCUGUCUCUCAUCUACUCUCUGGAGGGCUCCACACAGUUCCGAAUCAACGCUCGCUCUGGAGACGUCACGAGCACCACGCUGCUGGACCGCGAGGCGGUGUCGCAGUACAUCCUGAUCGUGCGGGCGGUGGAUGGAGGGGAUGGAAACGACCAGAAGACCGGCAUCGCCACCGUGAACAUCACACUGCUGGACGUGAACGACAACGAUCCCGCGUGGAGAGACCUGCCCUACGCCGUCACCAUCGUGGAGAAUACACCGGGCGGCACCGACAUCUUCACGGUGUCGGCAGCCGACCCGGACCUUAAUGAGAACGGCACGCUCGUGUACGCCAUCGAUCCGCCGAACCCUUUCUACCGAAUCAACACCGCGUCCGGAAAGAUCCGCACCACGGGGCUACAGCUGGACCGCGAGGACCUCAACCCCAUCUCCUACGCCUCCAUGAGGAGCAUAGUUGUCUCCGGCACCGACCGCGGCUCCCCCCCGCGCCGCGCCACGGCGAGCGCUACGGUCACGGUGCUGCUGCAGGACGUCAACGACAACGAGCCGGGCUUUGUGGGGCUGCCGUACGCGCUGCAGGUGCUGGAGGGGCUGCCAGCAAACUCGACGCUCUUUCAGGUGACAGCGACCGACCCGGACGAAGGCGCCAACGGUAACGUGACGUACUCCAUGACAGCGGCCCUGCCCAGGCCCGACUUCCAGCUGGAUGCCGCCACGGGCCUCAUCACCACGCUCGUGCAGCUCGACCGUGAGGUCGUGGCAGCCUACCAGCUCCGACUGGUGGCCACUGACAGAGGGACGCCGGCGCUUAGCUCCACCACGACCCUCUCGCUCGUCGUGCUGGACGUGAAUGACAACGCGCCGACGUUCCAUCCGACGCGCUCCGCCGUGUCGCUGCUGGAGAGCGUGGCCCGGGACUCCGUCGUGAUCAGCCUCAACUGCACGGAUGCUGACUCCGGCCUCAACGCCGAGCUCAGCUUCUUCAUCACCGGAGGGAACCAGGACGGGCAGUUCAGCGUCGGCUUCAGGGACGGCUUGGUGCGGACGGUUGUGAGCUUGGACCGAGAGACCAAGGCCUCCUACUCCUUGGUAAUCGAGGCCAUUGACAAUGGCCCGGCAGGGAGCCGGCGCACGGGCACCACCACGCUGGACGUGCUGGUGCUCGACGUCAACGACAACCGGCCCCUGUUCCUGGAGGGCAGCUACGAGGUUUCCGUGCCCGAGAAUGUCACGCGCGGCGCCAUCAUCCUGCAGGUCCAGGCGAACGAUAUCGACGAGGGCAUCAACGGCAGAGUCUGGUACAGAAUCAUUUCAGGCAACCAAGACGGCAACUUCUUGGUGAACGUGAGCAGCGGAUUCAUUUCCCGCGGCGCAACGCCGCUGGACCGCGAGACGGUGGCCCUGCACGUGCUGCAGGUGGAGGCCUUCAACAAUGACAGCGUGGGGCUCAGCAGCAUCAUCCGGGUGACGGUGGUGGUGGAGGAUGUGAACGACGAGGCGCCGACGUUCGCGCAGCAGCAGUACGUCCGCACGGGCCUACGCGAGACGGCCGGCGUGGGCACCUCGGUCAUCGUCGUCAAGGCAAUGGACCGUGACCUGGGCGACGCGGGGACCGUGCGCUACUCCAUCGCGUCCGGAGGAAACGACACGUUCGGCAUCGACGAGAGCACGGGCCUCAUCGUGACGGUGGCGCCGAUCGACUAUGAGACGCGCCCUGAAUACCUGCUCAUGGUGGUGGCCACCGACCAGGCUCCCCCGUUCCAUACGGCGUCGUGCGAGCUGCGGGUGUCACUGCAGAACGAACUCGACGAGAAGCUGUCCUUCUCGCGCGCCGCGUACCAAGCGGCGCUGAGCGAGGCCGCGGUGCCUGGCACCGUCGUGGUGCGCGUGGCCGCCCGCUCGGCCGACGCCCUCGCCGUGAUCUCGUACCGCCUCGACCCUGACACCGACGCCAAGGCCGCAGCGCUCUUCCACCUCAACAACCUUACCGUGAGACGAACGCUGGUGGCCUCCGUUUGGGCCACGGAUGCGGAUGCGGGCCCCAAUGGUCAGGUGACUUUUCGCAUCGAGAGCGGCGGUGGGGACAAGCUGAGCAUCGGCCCCAGCGACGGCAUAAUUCGCGUGGCCCCGGGCGCCAACAUCGACCGCGAGACGCGGGCCGCCUACACACUCAUGGUCGUGGCCGUGGACAGGGGAAACCCCCCGCUCUCGGGUAGCGCCAUCGUGCGGGUGCUUGUGGACGACGUGAACGACGAGCGCCCGGCCUUCCUGGCGCCCGUGCAGACUGUGUCCGUGCUCGAGUCACUCUCCGUGGGCUCCUUCGUGGCUACGGUGACCGCCCUGGACCUCGAUCUGAACCCCCAGCUGGAGUACUUUAUCAUCGAGGUGCUGGCCUACGAUGACGCCAAUGCCAUCGUGCCGAACCAGUCGAACGUCUUCGCUAUCGACUUCACCACAGGCGACGUGCGCCUCAACUCGGCGCUGGAUCGAGAGAAGGUGGCCUCGUACGUGCUCACCGUCUCCGUGCGGGACAAGGCCAGCGGCUCAAUCAACGUGUCCGUCAGCAACCCCAAUGCCGUGCUGACGGUGAGCGUGGUGGACGUGAACGACAACGCGCCGUGGUUCCGCCCACGCGGCGUGGCGGCCUUCAGCGACGCGGUCAUCGAGGGCGCGCUGCCCGGCACUACACUGCUCUCCGUGUCGGCCGUCGACCCCGACAAGGGCCCCAAUGGCGAGGUCAGCUACCAGCUACUCGACCUGCCUGCCGGGCAGUACGUGCGGCUGGACGACCCCGUGUCAGGCAAGAUCACCAUCAACCGCACGAUCGACUACGAGCAGGUCAAGUGGCUCAACUUCACGGUGCGAGCGCAGGACCGCGGGACGCCACCCCGCAACACGGACGCACCCGUCUCCAUCCGCAUCAUCGACAUCAACGACAACAACCCCAUCUUCAACCCCGCCUCCUACAGCAAAUCGGUGUUUGAGGACGUGGCGCCCGGCACGGUGCUGAUGCGGAUCACUGCCACCGACGCCGACUCGGGAAACUUCGCGGUGGUCGUUUACUCCCUCGUGGACGGAGAGGGGAAGUUUGGCAUCACACCAUCCACGGGCGAGCUGUACGUGCUGUCUCCGCUCGACCGCGAGAAGAAGGACCAGUACACGCUGACGGUGACGGCCCGAGACAACCCUGGGGACCUGAGAUCCAACCAGAGAGAGAACUCGGCACAGGCGUACGUGACGGUGAUCGACGUGAACGACGUGAGGCCCGUGUUCUCGCUGCCCGGAUACCAGACGGCCGUGUACGAGAACGAGCCGGCAGGCACCUCCGUGCUCACACUGACCGCCACCGACCUGGAUGAAGGGGACAAUGGGCGGGUGGACUACUCCCUGCAGGGCCCUGGAUCUGACGCGUUCACGGUGCAUGCGACCUCGGGCCUGGUGACGUCGACGCGGCUGCUCAAGUCGUACGAGCGCUUCAACCUGACGGCUGUGGCCACCGACCACGGGCGGCCCCCGCUAUGGGGCCAGGCGGGCCUCUACGUCGAGGUGCUCGACGUCAAUGACCACCGGCCCGUGUUCGUGCUGCCGCCCAACGGCACCGUUGUCAACAUCACCGAGGAGCGUGAGGCCGGCUUCUUCGUGUACGAGGUCCUCGCGGUGGACGGGGACGAGGGCCAGAACGGCGCUGUGCGCUACAGCUUCCUGCAUGCCGGCGGCGUAGGCAGCCGCGAUUGGGAGAGCUUCCGCAUCAACGCCACGAGCGGAAUCAUCAGCACGGCGCGCGCCCUCGACCGCGAGAGCCAGGCCGUCUACAGCCUGAUCCUGCUGGCCUCGGAUCAGGGCCAGCCCGUGUCCUACGAGUCCACGCAGCCGCUGCAGGUCGUGCUGGACGACAUCGACGAUAACGAGCCCGUGUUCAUCGUGCCGCCUGACGGCGGAGCUCCGUACCAGUCGUUCUCCAUCCCCGAGCACUCCCCCCCGGGCACGGCGGUCGGGAACGUGAGCGGCGCCGUCGACGCGGACGUUGGCGCCAACGCCGUUGUCUACUACUUCAUCGCAGCCGGGAACGAGGGGAGCAAGUUCAACUUGAGUCGCUGGGGCCUCCUGGUGGUGCUGAGUGACCUGGACCGCGAGGUGAGCCCCUACUACGCCGUCAUCGUCAAGGCCUCCAGCAACCCCAACUGGAACUCUGCCGUGGCCACGAGGGCCCGUCAGGCCCUGGCCUCGCCCUUCCAGGCCCAGGCGGCCCAGGCCGUGACGACGGGCCCUGAGUUCGACCCCUCGAAGGACCGCACGCUCCGCGAGGUCAGGGUUUAUCUGGAGGACAUCAACGACCAGUGGCCGGUCUUCACCAACCACGAGUACACAGCAGGCGUGGCGGUGGACGCCAAGGUGGGCUCGGAGCUGCUGCAGCUGGAGGCGGUGGACCGGGACGUGGGGAACAACAGCAUCGUGCUGUACCGCAUCCUCAGCAUACUCUACAUUAAGCACAGCAGCAACAGCUCCACACGCAUGUACAACAUCUUCACCCUGGGCGGGCGCGACGGCAUCCUGCGCACGUACGACCUCUUCACGGCGUACGGCCCGGGCUACUUCAUGCUCGAGGUUGUGGUGGCCGACAUGGCUGGCCACAACGACACGGCGACCGUGGGCGUGUACAUCCUGCGCGACGACCAGCGCGUCAAGAUCGUCAUCAACGAGACUCCGGAGCGCGUGCGCGCAUUCCAGGAGCAGUUCGUCAAACUGCUGUCCAACAUCACGGGUGCCAUCGUCAACACCGACGAUGUGCAGUACCACGUGGACAGUAACGGGCGGGUGAACUUCGCCCAGUCGGACGUUCUCAUCCACGUCGUCAACAAAUACACCAAUCAAAUCAUGGAUGUUAGCAGGGUAAUCGCUCUCAUCGAUGACAACAAGGAGCAGCUCAAGAACCUCUUCCGGAAUUACAACGUGCUCGACGUUCAGCCGGCCGUCGUGGCCACUAAGUCCGACGACCUCACCUCCCUACAGAUGGCCGUCGUCAUCCUGGCCAUUCUGCUCGUCCUGGUGAUUGCUAUCCUCGUGGUCAUGAACUGGUACUACAGGACCACUCACAAGCGGAAGCUAAGAGCCAUCGUUGCUGGCUCUCUCGGCAACCAGCAGGGCUUCAUGGACAUCCUGGACAACAUGCCCAACACAAACAAGUUCGCCGUGGAGGGGGCCAACCCGGUGUGGCUCGACCCGUACUACCGCGACAUGGAGCUGGCGGCGCAGGCCGAGCACGACGAUGGCCUUCCGGACAACCUCAGCGACAUCACCGAGCUGUGGAACAGCCCCGCCAAGACCCACGGCACAUUUGGCCGAGAUCCGCUGACAGGAGGCACCAAAUCCGAGGACGACCGCUACCUGCGCGCUGCCAUCCAGGAGUAUGACAACAUCGCACGGCUCAGCCAAAUCAUGCGCGACGGCCCCGUCAAGGGCUCGCUGCUCAAGGUGGUGCUGGACGACUACCUGCGCCUCAAAAAGUUGUUUGCAGCGCGCGUGCUGCACAAGUCGCUUAGCAUCGCCGAGAGCUCAUCCACCACCGAGCUCAUACCAGCGGGAUCCGAUGACGCGGACGAGGCGGCGAGCAGCAGCGACCAGCAGCGGGAUGGGCUGGCGGACCCCGAGCAGGUGGUGGCCUCACUGCGCCUACGCCACCACCCCCCCGUGGAGCUUCCUGGCGGAGGGGAGGGGGUGCGCGCCCUGCAGGGCAGCACGGGCACGCUGCUGACCUCCGACCCCGGCAGCCUCCACGAGGACGAGCGGCGAGCGGGCGCCGGGCGGGCGGCCGGGCACGACAGGUCGCGGUCGGGGUCGGCGUCGGGGCCCGGGUUGGCCGGGGCGGUCGCCGACGGCCUGGCGCGCAGCUCCGAGACGGUGCGCACCGACGAGGGCUACGGCGAGUCGGCCAAGUCGACGCCCGCUCACCGCUACAGACCGUGCGACGGUCGGGGGGCGCACACGGCCAAGGGGGCGCACACGGCCAAGGGCGUCAGCGGCUUGGAGAACUCGACCACGUGCACCAUCCCCAUCAACAAGAGCAUCAUCGCCGCCGGACAGGAGAUCCUCGAGGUCACAGAACUCUGACCGGAGAAAUGCAGAGCACGCAAGGGUCGUGUACAACAAACAGAUGCUCCUUCUUCUUGGUUCUUUCGGUAAA